GCGAUCCGGUUUCCUAUCCUUCAAUGACGGAGGUGGCAGUGCCUCAGAGUCUGUCGCGCUGUGACCUGCGGUGGUCGUGGGAGUCGUAGGAAGGAUUCAGAGAGACCCAGGAAACCUAGAAAUGGACUCAGUGACCUUUGAGGAUGUGGCUGUGAGCUUCACCCUGGAGGAGUGGGCUUUACUGGAUCCUUCACAGAAGAAACUCUACAGAGAUGUGAUGCGGGAAACGUUGAGGAACCUGGCCUCAGUAGGAGAAAAAUGGGAAGAUCAUGACAUUGAAGAUCAGUACAAAAACCAGGGGAGAAAACUAAGAAGUCAUGUGGUAGAGAGACUCUGUGAAAGUAAAGAGGGUAGUCAAUGUGGAGAAAACUUCAGCCUUAUUCCAAAUCUCAAUCUGAACAAGAAAACUACUGGAGUGAAACCACGUGAAUGCAGUAUAUGUGGAAAAGUCUUUACGCGUCAUUCAUCCCUUAAGAGACACAUGAGCUGUCACACUGAACGUAAACCAUAUGAGUAUCAGAAACAUGGAGAGAAGCCAUAUAAAUGUAAGGAAUGUGGUAAAGCCUUUAGCUAUCUCCAGUUUUUGGAGACGCAUGAAAAAAAUCACAAUCGAGAGAAAAAAUAUAAAUGUAAGGAAUGUGGAAAAGCGUUCCAUUCCCGCGCAUCCUUUCAAACACAUGAAAGGAUUCACACAGGAGAAAAACCCUAUGAAUGUAAGGAAUGUGGGGAAGCUUUCAUGUGGAGCACAGCGUUUCGAAGACACAUGGUAACACACACCGGAGAUGCUCCAUAUACAUGUAAGGAAUGCGGGAAAGCUUUUAAUUGUUCCUCUUCAUUGCGAACACAUGAAACAACUCACAGUGAAGAGAAACCCUAUCAGUGUAAACAAUGUGGGAAAUUCCUUAGAUAUUAUCAUACUUUUCGAACACAUGAAAGGACUCAUACAGGAGAGAAACCCUAUGAAUGUAAGCAGUGUGGUAAAGCCUUCAGUUGUCCCAGUUCUUUUCGAAAACAUGAAAGAAUUCAUACUGGGGAAAAGCCUUAUGAAUGUAAGGAAUGUGGGAGAGCCUUCAGAGGUCUCUCAAGCCUUCGAGCACACAUGAUCACUCACACUGGAGAUGGACCUUAUAAAUGUAAGGAAUGUGAGAGAGCCUUCAUUUCUCCUAGUUCUUUUCGAAUACAUCAAAGGAUUCACACUGGAGAGAAACCCUAUGAAUGUAAACAAUGUGGUAAAGCCUUCAGUUACUAUAAUUCCUUACAAUCACACAGAAGAACUCAUACUGGAGAGAAACCCUAUGAAUGCAAGGAAUGUGGGAAAGCCCUCUCCCAUCACCAGACCUUAAGAGUACACAUGAGACUGCACACUGGAGAGAAACCCUAUGAAUGUGAACAAUGUGGUAGAGCUUUCAGAUAUUACACUUCCUUCCAAAAGCACAAAAGAGUUCAUACUGAGAAGAAAUUCUGUGAAUAAGGAAUAUGGAAAAGCCUUUAGUUGAUCAACUUCACUUUGAAAACAUGAAAGAAGCCACACUGGAGAGAAAGCCUGUCAGUGUAAACAAGACGGGAAAGCCUUCAGGUAUUUUCAAAGCUUGAAAACACAUGAAAGGACUCCCAUAGAAGAGAAACCUUGUAAGCAGUGUGGUAAAUCCUGCAGAGAUUACACUUCAUUAGAAACACGCAAAAGAGCUCAUAGUGAAGAGAAACCCUGUGACUGUAAGGAAUGUGGAAAAGCCUUCAGAUGUUAUCAGAGUUUUUUUUUUUUGAAGAUGUGCAAAAGAUCAGAGUGGAGGGAAUGUGGUAAACCCUUCAUUUGUCACAAACCAUUUGAAGACGUGUGAGAACACACACUGGAGAGACACCAUAUAAAUGUAAAGAAUGUUGGAAAGCCUUGUCAUCCCAGUUCUGAAAGGAUGAAAGGACUCACUGGACAAAAACUCUUGAGUUAAACAGCCUGGGAAAGAUUUCAGUGAGCCCAUAUCUUUACAUGUGAAAAAGAAUAUAAAUGUAAGUAACAUGAGAAAGCUUGAUGGAAACUAAUCUAUGUAUAACAUUCCAGAAAAUAGGAAAGAGUUGUUAUUAAAGUUGUAAAUAUGUUGUCUUUAUCAAGCCUCUUUUCUUAGAGUGCACCAUUGGAUGGUGGAUUUCUAGUAAUUACUCUCAGAAAUGAAUACAAGGUGAGAUGAUUUUAUAAGUCAUGUUUCCACAGCAGUACAUAAGAUUAAUAGGUAGUGCUUUUUCUUUAAAUCAGUUAAUAAUAUUUUCUCUUUCCUGUUUGAAACCUGUUGGAUCAUAGGUGAAUUGAAGCGUAUUUCUAAUAAUGCAAUUAGGUUAACAUUGUUUUAUAAUGUUUUAUUUGUUCUGUGUUAAGGGGCCACUGAAAAAUGACAGUUUGGUAUUUGGAUUUUCCUAAUGGCCUUGUGGCAGUUCUUGGAUAUCCUAGUCCAGAAUAUAUAUUUAUCUUUCUUACCGACAAAGCUCCUUUUUGGGGGUGAAGAGUAUAAGAGCCUUUUUCCGUCUUCCAUACUAAUAAACAGUUGAAUAAAUAUUUAUGUAUGCCUCACUUAUAAAAGAAUAUAGUUUCCAUGUGAAUUAUUAUUUUCAUAUUUGGGUCUUUGCUUUAUGUCCUUCCUUCUGACUAUAAUUUGGUGAAUAGACUUUGAAUUAAGAAGAGAGGCCUGAUAGGACAACAAAAUCUAGAGCUGGAGUUAUUCCCCCGGUAGGUAAUGUUAGGAACUAGAUUUUCCAGAACUCAUCCCUUUUGUGGUUCCUUGUUAGAAUCCACCAAUAGUCUGACUUGCAUGAGAUUUGGAAGGCAGAAGUGAGGAAGGCAGUAGUCAGAUUUUACAUAUAGAGAGACAGAUGCACAGGAGCUUUAGGUAUACCAUCUUCCAGCCCAUUUUCCAUAUUUUUUGCCCUUCCAAUCAAGAGUAUCCUCAAAACCACAAAUAACUGUAUGAUAUCAAUUUUUCUGAGAGCUCUGGUUUCAACUGAUGUCUUCCCAAGAUCCACAUCAAAAAUCCAGCUUCUCCAGGGUCUCUUGCCCACCAGGAAACUAAUCAGAUUGUCGUGAUUGGGAGUAUUCUUUGAUUCCCCUCUUCUCUAGAUUAUAUCCAUAUAAGGUCUGAUUUGUGUAGGAAACACCUUGUGCUGUUAACAGUCCUAGUGAGUAUGUUUUCCUGAUUCACCAUGACAUCUGCAAUGGUGUAAUCAAAAAGAAUGACAUGGGAGUUUUUUCUCUACUGCAGUGUUCACUGGCUGCCUUCACUUGGUCUUUCCAUGUGAGAAUAAGAACCUUUCUCCUGUCAGGAGACUGAGUUUUUCUUGUUUCUUGGAGCUCAAUGUAAUACCUCAGUGUUUUCAGUUCUGUUUGAUUGUAUGUGAUUAAACUAUGUAUAUUUUUUUGUUACAGGAAUGCUUCUAUAGUUCUUUCAUGGAAAUAUAUUAUUAACUGUUUUCUAAGCUGUCCAAUGCUAACAAAUAUUAUUGUGCAUUUCAUGUCCUGACAGGCUAUAUUAAAAUAUACCCUUAUAAUUAUGUAUUUUCAGAUAAACUUUGCAAUUUUCUUUCACUUAAUCAUUUAUAUUUUAAGUCAAUUUUAUGUACAUACAAGUUCAGGUAUGUUUUCCUCAGGCAAAUUUUACUUUUUAUUCUUUUGUAGUUACGAUAUUUAUUAUGAAAUUAAUUUCUCAUUUAUUCUUAGUACCAGAUACUUAAAUCAUGUUUUUUUUUUUUUUAAGCGCCCUCUUGUCAGUGACCUACAGGAUUGCACUUGUGGUCAAAGAGAGGAAUGUAAUGAAUUCUAAUAAGAAUGAGCACAAACCAUUAAGUGAUGUGAGGUAUAAUAGUACAGGAUGCUCAGAAGGACUUCUUCUUAUAGGAGUUUGGCUUUAGAGGAUUUGACUGCUACCCAAGAAAGCAAGACGUUUUUCUGUAUUGGAUGCCGUAAGGAGGGUAACUUUAUUCUUUCGUUGGUUAUCAUAAUCCUUAUUUUCUAGAAGGCAAAAACAGUGUAGUGGAGCUAAACUUAAUUCGUAAGAAGCCCCAGUUACAUUAGAAAGAAGAGGGCUAUACUGGUCAUUUUUAUUAUUUGGAGCUUUAUCUUUUAUCAGUUUUAGAGAUAUGGUUACAAAAUACCCUAAUUUUUGUCUUGGUCCAUCAUAGUCAACGAAUACCUUUGAUGAAGGUGGUGUGUGACAUUUUUCUCUUCACCGGGAAAAGACUUGGCCUUGCAAAGAUUGCAGGCCAGUUCCCUGUCCUCUGGAACAGCUUUUCCUUUCCUACUUGUUAUCCAAACACUGGUGUACUUCCUACAGUGUAUUAGACACCCUUUACUAUAAAGUUCAAGUCUCUUUUAGUAUCUCAUUUAUGACUCAACUUUGUAAGUUUAGGUAAUUUGUGAGAGAACACAUACCUAGCAAGAGAGAAAGACAGGACCACUGUUGCAAUCAAGCCUUUUUU